AUGAACCCUCCAGAGGCGUUCUGGGUUGCUCAAUGCAGAGACUCUUACCCAGGGUGUCAGCCUCUGAAAGAGACAUGUGGCUGGGCUUCCUCCCUGAAGAUGGACCUGGCAGGUCUGGAGGCAGGCCCCCGUGAUGAACCCUGUGAUAAGCCACUGAUCAGAGCUCGUGCUGCGUCAUGGGACCAGCCACAAGGUCGACUGACCUAUAAAGGUCACAGGAGCGCCUCAGGGAGACAAAGGCAGCCCCUCGUGCCUGAUACCCUAUCAUCUUUACUUUGUUGGAGAGGAGCUACAGUGAUAGUCUAUGUUAAAGUUACUGUUCAGACAAAUGAUUCCAACAAAUUGCUUUCAUUACAGCUAGCGCUCGACUUACGACCAUGCUGGGCAACGUUUGCGCUGCCAGACGCGGAGCAGUCGUGGGUAGCGAUUGUGGUCGUAAAGUCGAAUGGUCGUAAUGGCUCUUUCGAGCACCAAAAUGGCAGGUCCCAGGUCUGUAUCUACCUACAGCCGUCAGUCCGGCUUCAGUUCUUUUUCACAUAG